CUUCCAUUUUCAUUUUUCACGCAACCGAUACCGAUCGAUCACUCCUCCCUUGGCAAUUCGCAUCCCUCAGAUCUCUCUCUUCUCCUCCAAUCCUUCCCAGUAAACCUUUUUUGACUUCCCAAGAAUCCCAAUUCUCCGAAAUCAUGGACACACCAACGCCCACUGAUCUGGGUCUCUUACAGGGGGCGAUGCUGCUAGUCAAAGCCUCACCUCCGACGUGGCACUCCGCCAUUCUCAGCAACAUCAUCAUCUUCGUUCUGGGCAUGCCAAUUAUAGUCCCAGGUUUGUCGCUUUCAGGCAUUGGAGCUGCUUUCUUGCUCGGAGUUCUCACUUGGCGCGCUUUUGGACCCUCUGGCUUUCUUCUCGUCGCAACGUAUUUCGUAAUUGGCACAGCAGCGACCAAAGUGAAAAUGGCGCAGAAGGAAGCUCAGGGCGUUGCAGAGAAGAGGAAAGGAAGGAGAGGCCCGGGAAGUGUGAUUGGUUCCAGUGCAGCUGGUUGUGUUUUUGCUUUCUUGAGAAUUAAUGGGGUUGGUGGAGAUGCGUUUUCCCAGUUAUGGGACCUUGGAUUUGUAGCGAGUUUCUGCACUAAGUUGAGUGAUACUGUUGCAAGUGAGAUAGGGAAGGCAUAUGGUAAAACAACGUACCUCAUCACAACAUUCAAGGUAGUUCCUAGGGGAACAGAAGGGGCUGUGAGUGUUGAAGGAACUUUUGCUGGACUUUUAGCUUCAAUUCUCCUUGCUUUUGUUGGAUGUAUAAUGGGUCAGAUAAAUAGACCUGAAGCAGCUAUAUGUGUGGUGGCCUCCCAGAUAGCCAACUUCGGUGAAAGCCUAAUUGGUGCCACGGUUCAGGAGAAAGAAGGAUUUCGAUGGCUCAACAAUGAUGCUGUGAAUAUAAUUAACAUAUCCAUGGGCAGCAUUCUUGCAGUCCUAUUGCAACAAGUAGUGCUUCAAAGCUGGCUGGCUUAAUCAUUAGAUUAGUCAUUCUGAUUUUGGAGCAAUUUCCUGGAAAACGAGUACGAAUUUUAGACUGAUGGAAACACAACAACUCUGCUAAGACGGAAUAGGUAUCUACUAUACCUUCAGAAUUGAAAGAUUAUGAUCUGUUCUACUAUACUAUACUGCAUGGCGUUUGUGAAAUCUCGGAUGUAGCAAAUUUUAACACAUGGCUAUCUCCUUUUUUUUUUUGAAAGAGGAGGCCGGUUUUGUCGAUUUGAUAAGAGAAGUUACACUUUUUGAUACACACAGGUUUUCUUGAACAUUCUUUCUCAUUUAUACUUGUAAAAUUCAUAAAAGCUUUGUUGAAUGUAUUUUAUUUUAAGCCCAACGCAUCAAGAAUGCAUUUUUCUGCAUGUAUCUUA